GACUUGUGCGCAUCAUCCGAUUACUUUGAAUCAAGCCAAACCCGCCAGAGGCCUCUAGUGUUUUGCAAUUUUGUCAGCGUGUAUAUGUAAAAUGGCUACGAAUAAUUAUUUCGGAUUUACUCACGGUGGAACUCAAUACAGUGCAACAGCGACUGGGGCAGCGUACCAAGCAGCAGGACAAGCCGGUUAUGCUGUAGCGACACCGGCUACCGCUGCCGCCGCAGCGGCAACCUACGGCACCCAAAGGGCUGCUGCGGGCUACGACACGGCGUAUCAAGCAGCCGCCGCAGCUUCCCAAGGAACUUAUGCGGCUGUUGGUACAGGUGCAACGCCGGCUUACGAUUACGGAUACGGCCAAACUGCAGCAACUGGUUACACUGGAGGUUAUGAUCAAAAUGCAGCUGCCGCCGCUGCUGCGGCCGCUGCUAAGCCUGCAACUUAUGCUACUACCUACACUCAGAGGCCUGGACAACAACAAACCCAAGUAGCUACUCUGCGCACCAAACCAGCUCAGUAUACAGGCACUUAUCAGGCCAAUGCUCCUGGUUGCAAGCCCACAUAUGCUCAACCGGCUGGUGCACACUACUAUAGCACACAACCUACUUACUCAAGCUAAACCCGCUAACUCGUCAACAUACUCAGGAUACGACGCUGCUCUGUAUUCCGCAGCAACCAUGUACGUGGCGCAGCAGGCGGGGCAAACGGGGGCGGCGGCAGCGGCCGCGGCUGCCCAAGGCGGCGCUGCGAUUGCCCAACAGAAGGUGCAAGGGGGCGGCGGAGGUUGGCAGGGGUACAAGAAGGGCAUCGGCGCGAAGAAUCUAAGAGCGAAGGCGCCGCCGAAGCCGCAACAGCUGCAUUAUUGUGACGUGUGCAAGAUCAGCUGCGCUGGUCCACAAACAUACCGUGAGCAUUUGGAAGGGCAGAAGCACAAGAAACGUGAAGCUGCUACCAAGAUGGCGGCAUCUGUAGCUGUCACAAGCCAAAAUCGUGCAGGAAACUCGCUAAGAUGUCAAUUAUGUGAUGUAACUUGCACAGGAAACGAUGCUUACGCUGCGCACAUCCGCGGCGCCAAGCAUCAGAAAGUGCUCCUUUUACAUACGAAGCUCGGCAAGCCAAUACCACCUCAAGAACCUGAAGUUAUUGGAGGAAGCAAGAAAUCUAUCACUGCACAACCCAAAAUCAACUUCGUUCAAUCUGGCGGUCUUGGUGUCAACUCUGGCAAUGGAGAAGCCGAUAUUAAGCAGGAGGAAGAUGAAACUCCCGAGCCGGACAUACAGCCUGUUGGUCAAGAUUACAUUGAAGAAAUAAAAAGCGAUGACGGAAAGGUAAUCAGUUUCAACUGCAAACUGUGCGAGUGCAGAUUCAAUGAUCCUAAUGCCAAGGAGAUGCACAUGAAGGGUAGGAGGCAUCGUUUGCAAUUCAAGAAGAAGGUCAAUCCGGACCUUGUUGUGGAUGUUAAGCCUUCAUUGAGACAGAGAAAGAUGCAAGAGGAGAAGAUGCGUAGAGCUGCUUUGAGAGAGGAAUACUGGGCAAGACGUCACUUCAUGCCUGGAGAUGAAUCUGGAAUGUAUUGGGAUGAUCAACGCCGAUAUGAAGAAGAAUAUAUGCAUGGAAACAUGAACCCGUUCCAGAGGGGCAGACCUUACCCUGGCGGACCUGGACAAUACUACCAAGGUGGUAUGCCUCGCCGUGCCGAAUCCAGUGACGAUAGGCACGUGAUGGCCCGCCACUCCGAGAUAUAUCCGAAGGAAGAAGAACUUCAAUCAAUUCAAAGGAUCGUGUCGCACACUGAGCGCGCAUUGAAGAGCGUCAGCGACCAGUUGGCCGAGCAGAAGCCUAAAGAGGGGGCAGACCCUAAGCAGAACAAACCUGAUGAGAAGCAACUGAGCGAACAGCAGAAGGAGGAUGGCAGAGAUAACCAACUAUUCUCCUUCCAGCAAGAGAAGGACGCAAACCGCAUCCUGAAGGGCGUGAUGCGCGUGGGCCACCUUGCCAAAGGCCUCCUCCUGCGCGGCGACACGCACGUCGAACUCGUCGUGCUCUGCGCCGAUAAACCGACCCUCACGCUCCUGAAGAAGGUCGUGGAAAUGCUGCCCGGCGCUCUGAAGCAAGUGGCGCCCGAUAACACCUACCAGGUGCACAUCAACGCCCCGGAGGCCGGUCUGGUGGUCAUCAGCGACGGCUUGACUGUCCUGGUGCAGUUCACCAGCCCUGUGAUGCGCGACCAAGCAGGUAACCAUAGCAUGCGCUGUUGGUGUUGGGGGACGGAUGUCGCUACGGCGACCGCGAGCGGUAACUCGUACAGUACCGUGCAGGGUUUAAGCUGGAUUUUCAGUUUGGUUGUUGAUUUUUUAGGAGUUUUUUGUUGUUGUUUGUUUUGUUUGUAUUUAGAGUAUUUGUCAAGUUUAUUUUCGCGAGGAAUAUCAAAUUCUUAUCUUUAUACUAGGUGUUUUGAAAAGUUUCUCAUACAGGAGGCGUUGGUAUCAGAAAACAUAUUGCUUUACCGGACUACUAGACACUCCCUAUGAACCACCGUUGUUGCAUGACCAUUGUUCGAAUCUGUCAUUGUGAGUUUUCGUGUUGACGGAGCAACUUGUAAUUCGAAUUUUCUUUAUUUUUAUCCGCAGUGAUUUUUUUCUUUUUUGAAAUUAAUUCUGGUGAGGCACUGCACAUACAUAAAAUUAACCCCACAAGGCAGAAGAACAUGUUUCAUUUCAUACAGGUUAUGUUUGUUUCAUUUUCGAUUCCCAGUGGUGUGGUUGUUAUUCUCUAACCUCAAGUUGGACGUUUUACUGCUUUUCGCCUCCGAUUUUUGCCUGUAUACAUGUAAUUUUUUUAUGGACUUGCUACGCCUCUUUUUAAUUGAAUCCAAUGGUAUAUUAUUUUUCAACGUUCCUUAAAUUAAUCAAAACUUCAUAUUUUCUAUGCGAUGCAUACAUUUUAGCAUCAUGUGUUACAAUUUUUUCUCUUCCUAUCUUGACACUUUGAUUUUUAUGAACUGAUGUUAUAAAUCAAUUCAAGCCCCUGCAGUAGCAGCAAGAUGAUACAUGUUUAAUUCAUCGGGUUUACAGAACAAAAUGAUCUUCCGUCAGGACAAUACGCCUACUCGCCCACCAUUUUCACCACCUUUUGACUUUCAUUUAUCCUAAGCUUUUGGUAGUUUAUGUGAAGUCGUUACAGCCGUAGACGGGUAUUUCGAAGUGGUUACAGAAAAUCUGUUCAGAGAAGAAAGAAAUGAAAUAGAAAACCACUGGAAAAAAUGAACUCAACGGAGAUAUUGAAUACAACGCAUUUUCAGAGGUCAACUGGUUUGGGGAAUUAAAAACGGCCAAUAAUAAAUAUAAUAUAAAUUUAACGCUUUUUUUGUAACUUAUCAAGAGUUUGAUAUUCCUGUUCAACUGAAUCGAAUUGGCAACUACUUUAACUUACCAUCUAGUAUUUAAUAUUCUCGGUGUAUUUUUUACGAAAAAUUAGUACAUGAUAAUACUCUAACCCAUUUACAUAACAACUUCGAUAAUUGAAGCUGAGGACCAGAACACAUUUUUACAACAUCCUGUUUCUGUUUACUUCAGAAUUAUUUUGUUGAACAAUCAUGUGACGUCAUAUUUUUAACACACUUUGAAUUGGACAAGAAAAAUACUGAAGUUUCCUUUCAUCUAAUUUUUUAUCUAUGUCGUUAUUUUCCAAGUGUACUAAAAAUAGUUUCAGUUAGAUGAACUGUAAUUAUAUUUAUUCUACUCCAAAAUAUCCACCCGAAUAUGUCUAUAUUGUAAAUAGAUUUGCGAGAAAUUUAUAGAACAUGCUGGUUUGUUCUCACACUAUUGCUAUUGGAAAAUGGAUUAAAUCUAAUAUGUAAUUGAUAAUUUAAUAAGUUUUGAAUGCAUAUAGGAUUCCAUGAUUGUCCGGCUGCUAAAUGAAACUGCAUACCUUUGAAUAUCUAAACAUUAGUAAUAAAAAGGAAUUCAAACAUAUGUGGUUUCAAUUAGCGGCCAAACAACCAUUGAAUUCUAUCAGCAUGGAAACCAUAGAAUAAGUUUCAGGUGUAGUUUUAAACGACUUUUAACAGUUACAGAUGAUAGAUGUUAAUGUUGUAGAGCAUGGAAUAAAUAUCAUUUUAUUUAUUUAAACUUGUACCAACACUAUAGUAAUUCAUAUUUAAUCCAUUUUCCAAUAUUAAAUUAUUGAAAUCGAUCCAUACAUCUAGAGCUAUUAAAAAACUAUUUUCAUAACCAUAUUUUUCAUUGACGUAUUUUUCUAGGAACAUGGCUUCGGCAAAGUUGCAUAAUUUUCACUGACGGUAUAUACAGCUUAAACCUUGAGGAUCUCUGAUAAAUAUUGGACUUUUCUUCUAGUUUGCACACACACACACACAGUUUUAGCAAGAUCUGUAUCAGUCGCUGAGCGACUGAUACAAGAAGAUUGAAAUGAGGCAGUCCAAUACUUAUGGGGCGUACUGUGCUCUGUGGAUGUUAACGUCGGGCCGAGUUUCUUACUCUUUCAUCGCCGUAGGUUGAGCUAUAUCAUGGCUUGCCUUAACGAUCAAGCUUAUUGAAAAUUAAAGUAGGCGAUGUUGGGACACAAAUUCUACAUAUAUGAUAAAAUCUGAUUGCAAUAAAUUUGCAUCCAUCUAUGGCAUAUUCCAGCAAAGCACGCGCAACUUAAUUGAAAAGCGUUCUUUCGCGAAAUUCGGAUAUGUACCGAAGCGUCGUCAACCACUUAGGGCUACAUACCUAUCGACCAUUACCUUUGUCAUCAUUUCGGGUGUCCACAAACCUAUUUUUCUUAUUUUUACUCGUUAAUUUUUCGGUUACUCAUUUUUUUCCCUGGUCAUUUUUUGAUGUGAGAAGGUAUAAAUACAGGGCGUGCAAAAUACAGAUCUAACGUUGAAAUAUAUUAUCUAUUAGAAUUGUGUGUCACUUGUCCAUAUGGGGCGUUUUGAUUGUCACUAGAUAAUCAGGUGUUAUUUUUAGUAUCGUGAAAAAUUGUAUAUACACUCCAGAACUCACACUUUUUACAUCUGCAGCGAAAUCGGAUACCGUGUGCCGUUUUGCGCCUCUACUGGCUCUACUUCGCAACGCCGACUUUGUCACCUGCAUACCGAGUUAUGUGAAGAAUAAAAUAUUUUAGGCUCGUGUAAUCUUGUAUGUAAAAAUGUAUAAUUUAUGGCAGUCUGAUAUAGCUGUAUCUAAGACAUGAAAGAGUUUGAAAUUCGGUCGCAUACGCCUUUUAGAGGCGGAAGAUGAGUGGUGUGGGAUUAAGGAUUUUUGACCAGCCGGCCCGCUAUUGCCAUAAGAACAUAUAAUGCAACCAUCUAUAUAGUCCAUUCAUCCAAGAAAGAAACUAAACCCAACCAUGUUCACGCAUACUUCGCGUGAUCGGACUCUAGAAGCCGAGCACGUUACGGAGCCGCCGAGGCUGCAUGUACCGCCGUGUUGUCUCCAUCUCCACCUUCCUCGACCGAUUCUACCAAUUUACAUUAAAUGCGCUGGUUGCUUGGUUUAAUGUCUUUCUUGGAUAAAUAGACUUUAGUGAGGAUUUAACUACAAAGGUGUUUUCCAAAAACAAAAUUACAACCGGUUUUAACAUCGCAUCGGUCUAAUUUAUGACCCACUAAUUUUGAAAGAAUGUAAUCAUAAUGCUCUCGAAACAAGUUUACGUACAUAUAGUGAGUGUCGCAGCUGUCGACGUCAAGCC